UCUUUUCUUUUCGUUCUUGGUCGUAGGCAGUUGAGAAAUUUUUCGGGAAAAGAUACAUAAUUUGAAGCAAUAUAUUAGCUUCCGAAAAUGCCAUCCGUAGAGCCUACUGAUUGCGGUUCCGAGGCCCGGGAGUGCACGAGCGCAAACGGCGACUAUAGCAGUGAAAUGUCCUCCGAAAGUACACUGAGUCAUGAUACGCCGGAUCCAGACCGUCAGCUUAUACCUGGAGACCGUAUCGAACACAGUGAACAAAUCGAAAUGCCUGCGGUGCGGGAGUUUACGCAGAACGAUAAGAUCAACAAGUUUCUUCUGAAUUCCUUCCUGCAACGUAUCAACGAUUCCAGUAAUACCGAGGAACGUCGUGAACCGGGUGCGGCUGGUGCGGUCGCCGAAGAACAAGAACAGGAUUUCGAUUCUUAGCCAUGAAAGAGAAGGAGUCGGCUAUGCCGAGAUACAGCGCAUUACAUUUGCGAUAAGAAACGAAGCUCUACAUUAACACGUAUCAGUUAAGUUUUGUGUCUUACGUGUUUGUACAAUAAGGCUGGCCUGGAUGAUUUAAAAUAAGUGAAUAAAUAUCGCCUUUAAUGAACAAUGUUAAUGAACACGUAUUUAUAUUAUAACAUGUACUCGUUUGUUGUGUUAACAAGCAAGUAGCAGAAACGGAUAAACGUCGCGGAUACA